AUGUCCGCGGCGGAAGAGGCCAAGCAGCGGGGCAACGACCUCUUCAAGAGCGGCAAGUUCCGAGACGCCGCACAAGCAUACACAGAAGCGAUCUCGAACGACCCCCAGAGCGAUGUGCUGCUGCUAAACCGCUGCGCAGCGUACAUGGCCCUGAGUGACUAUCGGCGCGCCCUGGCAGAUGCCGAGCAGGCGGUAAAGCUGCAGGGCGAGGCACCCACACCCAAGGCGAUCAUUCGCCUAAGCAAAUGCCUCGUUGGCGUCGGUCGUCCGCGCGAUGGCUCCUUGGCGCUGCAGUCCUUGCGCUCAGGCACGGUGGGCACGGAAGCGGAGCAGAAGCAGGCCCAGGACGUGGAUCUGCUGGCACAGCAGAUGGAGCGCCACCUCGUUACGCUCGAGGCAUACUUGCGCGAAAAAAACUGGCUGCUCGCAAGUAUUGCACUGGACCAGGCGCAGGGCGUGAUGAAGCUGACCGACGCCUCCUCGCCCAAGGCGUGGCAGGAGCUGCGGGCCAUAAUCCUUCUGCAGCGGGGUCAGUAUAGCCAGGCACAGUCGCUUGCGAUGGAUAUGUACCGUUCUGACCCCUCCGAUACGGACGCGAUCUUGCUAGGUGCACGCGUGCUCCUCGCGAACAACGACGUGACCAAAGCUGUUACACAGGCGCAAGCUGCGCUGCGAUCCGACCCUGAUCGCGCCGAUGCCAAAACGUUUCUGCGCAAGUGCAAGACCCUUUCGACGCUCAAGGACGAGGCUAACGCAGCCUUCAAGGCGAACCGCUCUGACGAGGCUCUCGCUAAGUAUGCAGAGCUCUUGCAGGUCGCCGACACCGAUGCCGACACCGAUGGUGAGGCCAAAAAGUUCAAGGCAGUCAUCCACUCGAACCGUGCUAUAUUGCUGAGCAAGCUCGCGCGUUUCGACGAGUCGAUCCAGGACUGCACAAGGGCGCUGCAGCUCGAUGCAGGGUUUGUCAAGCCGCUCAAGACGCGUGCCCGCGCCUACCUCUCGAGCGAGAAGUAUGAGGAGGCAGUGCGCGACUUUAAGCGCGCUGUGGAUGCAAGCGUUGGCACCGCCGAGCACGAAGCGCUCGUUCGCGAGUGCCGCCGCGCAGAGGUGGACCUAAAGCGCAGCAAAAAGCAGGAGUACGUAUACACACCUGACACCAGCUAUUACAAAAUCUUGGGCGUGCCCAAGACGGCUAGCGGGGCCGAAGUUAAAAAGGCGUUCCGUCGGGAAUCGCUCAAGCACCACCCCGACAAGGGUGGCGAUGAAGAAAAGUUCAAGUUGUGCAACGAAGCGUACAGCGUACUGUCCGACGAACAAAAGCGCCGCCGCUAUGACUCUGGCGUCGACGAUAUGGACGCCAUGGAUCUAGGUGGCAUGGGUGGCUUUAGUGGUAUGGGUGGUAUGGGUGGUAUGGGCGGCGUCAACCUGGCCGAUUUGUUUGGCGCGCAAUUUGCCAACUUUGAUAUGGGCCCUGGCGGCACAAGCACGCAUUUCUAUGGCCCCGGCGCGAGCAGCUUCCGCUUUGGCUAG